AUGUAUGGCUUCACCAUUCUCACCGCCGUGGGCACCGGUCUCACGUUGCAGAUUGGCUGCGCAGUCUCCAGUUUGGAAGCUCCAGGGCAAGAGAGUGAAACGCUCACUUUGCAGAGCUAUGCCCAGAUCAGCGGGUCCGUCUUCGCUCUCGUCAUCGCGGGCCAGGUCUUCCAGUCUUACUCGGUUCGGGGCCUCACCAAGGUGCUGGCGGGCACAGAAUUCACAAAAGCAGAUAUUCAGAGCAUUGUGGCUGGUACUCGGAGCCUUUUGUUUCAGGGACUGGACCAGCGCUCAAAGACAGCGCUACAUUUGUCAUAUAUCAACGCUAUCCAAAGAGUCUUCAUCUCGGUCUGCGUGAGGGGCGCAUUCACAUCCUUUAGAGGGGAAGCUCCGUAUAUUGCUCACUUAGAUCUCGGUGGAAAUUUGAUCUUGUACAGAGCGUCAAUAAUUGCUAUUCAUGGAAAAAUAGAAGAACUAUUUAGAUAA